AUGGCGGCUCACGAAGAAUUCUUCCCAGGCAUUCCCAAGAUCCAAUAUGUUCCCAAUGCUGGCCCAGGAGAUGUCAUGUGUUUCAAACACUAUCAUGCAGAAGAGGUUCUUUUGGGGAAGACGAUGGAGGACUGGCUGAGAUUCUCGGUCUGCUACUGGCACACUUUCUGUGGAACAGGUGCCGAUCCUUUUGGGCUUCCAACCUUCAAUCGCCCUUGGAAUGAAAAGUCUCCCAUGAAAGCGGCCAAGAUGCGACUGCGCGCUGCUUUUGAGUUUUUUACCAAACUUGGUGUGAAAUAUUACACAUUUCAUGACAGAGACAUGGCACCUGAGGGCUCCACCCUGGAGGAAUCAAACAAGAAUUUGGAUACAAUCACCGAUUUAGCUCUUGAGUUACAGGAGCAGACUGGAGUCAAGGUGCUGUGGGUGACUUGCAACCUCUUUGCCCAUCCAAGGUACAUGAACGGUGCAGCCACCAAUCCAGACUCUCAUGUUCUGGCCUAUGCUGGUGCUCAGGUCAAGAAGGGACUAGAGGUUGCCAAGAAGCUGGGUGCAGAAAAUUUUGUGUUUUGGGGAGGAAGAGAAGGUUUCCACUCUAUCCAUAAUACGGCUGUUGCUGUCGAACUCAGUCACAUGGCCAACUUCUUCAAAAUGGCUAUCAAGUACAAAGAGAAGAUUGGAUUAAAGUGCCAAUUUCUAAUUGAGCCAAAGCCGAAGGAGCCCUGUAAACACCAGUACGACUACGAUGCAAUGAGCGUCAUUGGGUUCCUUAAGCAUUUUGGUCUGGAAAACCACUUCAAGUUGAACAUUGAGCCUAACCACACUACUUUGGCUGGACAUACUUAUGAACACGACAUCGUCAUGGCCUCUGUGUUUGGCAUGCUGGGUUCAGUUGACGCCAACACCGGUUCUCCUGACCUUGGCUGGGACACAGAUCAGUUCCCUAUGGAUAUCAGGAACACAACUUUGGUCAUGAAGACUAUUGUUGAACAAGGUGGCCUGCAGCCAGGAGGCCUAAACUUUGACGCAAAAGUACGCAGAGAGUCCGUUGACCCGGAGGACUUAUUCAUUGCUCACAUUGGCGCCAUGGAUGCAUUUGCACGAGGACUCAGGAAUGCGCUUUCUAUCUGUCAAGAUGGAAUUCUCGAAAACCUGCUCAAGGAGCGCUACUUAAGCUUCAGCCAUGGAAUUGGACUGAAAGUGGAAGAAGGUUCUGCUACUUUGGAGGAGAUGGAGGCUUUUAUCAAGGAGAAUGGUGAGCCGAAAUUAACAUCAGGGAAGCAAGAAAAAUAUGAAUCUAUCUUCAAUUACUAUGUGAAAUAA